CCUAAACGGCAAACACCAGAAAGAAAAACACGAUGAAGGCAAGUUCAGGAGCCCUGAUCCAGGCUUUGGUAGCCCUGUCCCUGGCUGGGCUCUCUGUUUCCAAGGAUUUCGAUUUCUUCUACUUUGUUCAGCAGUGGCCUGGAUCAUACUGUGACACACAGCAGAGCUGCUGCUACCCGACCACCGGAAAGCCUGCUCCUGAUUUUGGGGUUCAUGGCCUUUGGCCUAAUUACAACGAUGGCACUUACCCUUCCAAUUGUGACUCCAGUAACCCAUUUGACCAGAGCAAGGUUUCAGAUUUAAUCAGUAAGAUGCAAAAGGACUGGCCAACUCUUGCUUGCCCCAGCGGCGAUGGAGUCACAUUCUGGUCACACGAAUGGGACAAGCAUGGCACCUGCUCUGAAGACGUUCUCGACCAACACAGUUACUUCUCGAAAGCCCUCGCCUUGAAGACCCAGACCAACCUCCUCCAAGCUCUAACAACUGCAGGAAUCGAGGCGAACGGUGGAUCGUACAGCUUGAGCAGCAUCAAGAGCGCGAUUCAGAGUGGGGUGGGAUACACUCCUUUCGUAGAGUGCAACAGUGAUGAAUCUGGAAACAGUCAACUGUACCAAGUGUACUUGUGUGUUGAUAACUCUGGGUCCAAACUUAUUGAGUGCCCUGUUUUCCCAAAUGGCAAAUGUGGCUCGCAGAUAGAGUUUCCUUCAUUUUAGGUGUCCUUUUCUUGAAUGUAGUUUUCAUUUCUGUCAAUUUCAUGAUCGCCAUUUGUCAAAUGUAAGUUCUUCCCAGCCUGCAAUAAGGAAUAUGUAAGUAUGUAAGAGAAAGAAAAAUUGUUAUGGUCCUUGUACGUUUGAUUAUUGUUUCAACUUUGCUUGCUGUUAAUUGAAAAAGAAUGCAUACAACGAAAACUAA